CCGGUUAUCAGUGGCGGGUGCAAUCUUUAAACCAACAAGCACAUUAUUCACGCGACCUGCAUUCCCAUUCCACCGCACACACGCUCAUUCUCUGACGGCAAAGUUUUCGAGUGCCGGGCAAUAGGGUAUUUCUGCGUCUGCUGUUGAAGUAGGGAUUUAGCGAGCAAUUGCCAAGCGAUUUGAAUUUGUGGGAUAUUGAUUUGUGGUGCUAGUUUGGGAUCAACAAUUGAAAGUACAAUUACGUGUUUGGGUUGUAUUAGUAUUUUUCCGAGAUGAGUUCUUCUAGAUUCGGGAAUUCAUCACUCCACCAACGCGACACGCGAACGCAGCUUUUCGAUGGCUUCGACAGCAGCGCGUCGUCGCGACCAGGUUCGCCGGGAUUCAAGACAGCGACGCCGAACGCGCGCGGCCAGUACUCGGACUCGGUCAUGUCGGGCUUAGAGUCGCAGAACGAGAAUGAGAUCGAGGGGUUGACUGCGCGGGUGCGGAUGCUGAAAGAUAUCACGGUUAAAAUUGGUGAGGAAGUUCGGGAUUCCUCCAAAUUUAUGGGUUCAUUGGAAGACAAUUUCGACAACACACGAUUGAGAUUAAAAGGAACUUAUAAGCGCAUGAUGCGAAUGGCAGAGCGAUCAGGCGUUGGUUGGCGUGCUUGGGUUGGAUUUUUCUUGUUUGUAUUCUUGUUUUUCGUCUGGGUUUGGAAGUUUUGAGCGGCAGCCUGAUGAGAAGGGAAAUGAAUCGAAGGCAGGGGGGGGUGAAGAAACAUCAGAGAAAGAAAGACUGUACAAAUUGCAUAUUAAUGUUAUAUAUACUGAGUGCUUUUAGUAAUGCAUUGUUCUGUGUUUGCGCUUAGC